UGAGCAGCCCACAGCAGAGCGGGGCGGCGCGGGCGGAGGAGCCGGGCGCGCUGUGGGGAGGACGGAACUCACCUCCUCUGCGGCGCCCAUGGGGACAGAACGACUUUAAAGGAGUUUGGGGGGUUUUGACGACCCGCUGGGCGACCACGGAUCCGGCGAUUCCUGCCCUCGCCUCGCCCUGUCAUUGAUGGGAAAUCAACUGGAUCGCAUCACCCACCUGAAUUACAGUGAGCUGCCUACCGGGGACCCCUCGGGGAUCGAGAAGGACGAGCUGCGCGUCGGGGUGGCUUACUUCUUUUCGGAUGAGGAGGAGGACCUGGACGAGCGAGGCCAGUCAGAGAAGUACAGCGUGAAGGGCUCCGGCAGCCCUGGCCAGGAGACGCCCACCCACCACCUCCACCACCAGCUCGUGCUGAACGAGACCCAAUUCUCCGCUUUCCGCGGCCAGGAAUGCAUCUUCUCCAAGGUCAGCAGCGGCCCCCAGGCUGGGGACCUGAGCGUCUACUCGGUGUCAGCGCUGCCUGCUCUCUGCAAGCCGGGGGACCUGCUGGAGCUACUCUACCUGGGGCCGUCGGAGCAGCCGCCGCCGCACUGGGCAGUGUACGUGGGCAGCGGGCAGAUCAUCCACCUGCACCAGGGGCAGAUCCGCCAGGACAGCUUGUACGAGGCUGCCGCGGGCAACGUGGGCCGGGUGGUGAAUAGCUGGUACCGCUUCCGCCCACUGGUGGCUGAGCUGGUGGUGCAAAACGCCUGCGGGCACCUGGGCUUAAAAAGCGACGAGAUCUGCUGGACUAACUCCGAGAGCUUCGCCGCCUGGUGCCGCUUCGGGAAACGGGAGUUCAAAGCCGGGGGGGAGCUGCAGGCUGCUGCCGGCACCCAGCAGCAGUACUAUCUCAAGAUCCACUUGGCGGAGAACAAAGUGCACACGGUGAGGUUCCACAGUCUGGAGGAUCUAAUACGCGAGAAGCGCCGAAUCGAUGCCAGUGGCAAACUGAGAGUGAUCAAAGACCUGGCUAUAGUGGAUGGGAAAGAAUAGUGUGCAGUGGGGUACAUGGCUAUCUUCCUUCUGCCCUACUGGGGAGCCCAGCCUGCCACAGGGGCGGCCGGCUGCACCCUCUUUCCAUGGGACGCGACUGAAAGCAGGAUCCAUGGCAACAUUCCAAACGAACAGCGUUCUUUACACCCAUAGCCAGUAUUUUGUUUGGCUUUCAAUAGUGUUAAUGCUGAAAGAGCGCUUGAGAGAGAGGAGGAAAAGGGAGGGAGGUGCACGAAGGCUGUUCUCAGUGUGUGGACAAAGUCUCUCCUGUUAAUCGAUGUUGACCAUUCUAGCAACACGCUAAUAAAAUUUCAAAUUGAAAUUUUUUUUUUAAUUUUUAUUUCAUGGCUUUAAUCCAUGACAAAUUUUAAACAUUGGGGGCCAUGGAUGUGGAUUUAGCUAAAUGAGUUCUUAGCUAAUGUUCGCCUUGCAGCCAACUGAAAGCAUCCAUCAUACUUUGCUAGUUGGAAAGGGUUGCAGGUGGGGGAGUUGUAAAUGCUUGUUUGCUUUGUUUCUCAACACUGUUGCUUCAGCCCAUAGCUGCAACGCAAAUUUUGUCCCAGCCAACUUUAGUGAGACAUCAGCAGGGGAAAAUGCUUUCACAUUUCUGGUUGAAGCUGAUCACGUUUAAAAUAAUGUCUUUGCUUUCUGUCUGCAGCUCUCUGCUAAAUGUUAUCAUAAUUUAUAAGCUGCUUCUACCACCACUUUUUUAAAUUUUAUUUCAUGAAAAGUUGGUGAGCAGGUGUUUCCUUGAAACUAAAUUUGCUGGUUGAAGGUGUAUUUUAGAGAACAGUGUACUCAGUGUUGGUCCUUGGAGAUCCAGCCUCUAGAGUCUUAUGCUUGGGCUGUGGGUUUGUAUCGCUGUAGUGACUCUCAUUGCAACACUGCAUCACUACCUCUUCAUGCACAAAUCAACAGAAUCCUGCAAGAAACAAAUAGGUUUGAACUCUGCAUGUUGACUUUUUAAACAGCAAUUUAUUACAUAGUUACAAUUCCACUUGAAGUAUAUGUAAUGUGGCCAAGUUCAUUCAUAUUCUAAGCAACUAAGAAUCCCAUUCAGUCUUAAGUUUAAGAAUCCACAGCUGCAUUUAAGAUGCCUUUUAAUGUGAUGUGGGUAAUGCCUUGUUUGUAUUUCAGAUCCAAUUCACUCAUUGCUUAACUCGCAGUUUUGAAGUGGAAGAUCAAAAUAUUAAAUAUACGUAAAAUCUAAAAAAUUAUACUGGGGCAUUUCUAAAUCUGUAUUCUAUUUUUAUUACUCUGAGCUGCGUACAACUUGUAAUAAGUGAUUUGUCUUUGCAUGUGUCAGUGCUGGAAAGAAAAUGCAUUUGUUUUUGUCCCCUCUUCGCACAUCAAUGUCAGAUGACAGAAUAGAAGCAACACCCCUGUUCUGUAUGUACAAUACACUCCACCCCCUAUCAAUGUACUGUAUCCUGGCUCCUUUUUGUAUUAAACAAUGUAAUUAGCAACCUUGAUGCAACAGUAACUUCAUUUCUACAAAGGGUUUGCCUCCCAUACCUGAAGCUGUGAGGGUGGAGUGUAGUUCACUAUACGUACCAGCAUAAAUAUGUUUAAAAAAAUAAAUAAAUACACUCUUUCAGUGAAGGUCAUCAAACAGGCUUUGUUUACUGAUGCACAUAGCAUAGUUAUGCCCUAAUUGGCAGUGUUACUUUUAUUUUCCCUUUAACCUUAAAGUACUUUUGGUACAAUGGGGUAAGCAUUAUUUUUUUUUUAAGUGAAUUGCCAUAUCUUUUAUUAAAUAUGUACUAUUUUAACAUUAGAUGGGUAAUAAUGUCUGGUAAUGAUAGCUCUUUUCCAUAAGAUUAACAGUCUUCGACACUGUAUUUAUGUAUUUAUAUUGCAUUACAUCUCCCAGGCUGUUCCAGUUGCUGAGUACCUCAUAGCACUUGAGGGGAGUGCUGUGAGAUUGCAGAAAGAUACUGAUGUUGCAGCCAAAGCACUUAAGGAAAAAAUGGAACAUAAAUAGUGGGAGAAGGAAGAGUGGGCAAAAGUAAUUUAAUUCUUCCUUGUAAGAUAUGUUGAAGAGCUGGGGUAGGAAGAGAUGGGAGAGGAAGUAAGUGGCAAGGUGUCUACAAAGACAGAAAGAAUGGGGUCAUGUAAAUUUUGAAUUCUGAAAUGUUUUUUUUUCUUUAAAUUGUUCACAAAUGAAUAAAGCAGGGUUAGACAGAGGAUCAGUUUGCAAAAAUAGCAUUGCAGGUCCUCACCAGUGCAAAUUUAGAGCAUAGUGACUUUAAAUGUUUCACUGUGCUUUGCAAAUACUCCGUCUCUCUAUCUAAACAGCCUUUUAAACUGUUUGUUGUGGGUUUUCUUUAUUUAUUUAUUUUUAAUGACUAACUAGCCUUCACGAACAUGUUAGUUUUCCUUAGCUGGCUUUGCUAGAUGUGUGUUUAUUCAAGCUCUGUCAGAAGUCUUUGGCAUUUCUCCAGAUUUGUACAGAUAAAAGUAACAAGAAAAUUAGGGCCUCAGUCCUUUGCAUGAGGUCUGGAAGAAUGUAUUGGAAAUAUUCAUAAAUGGCAUUGAUCUGAGAUUACUGCUGAAACUGUUUACAAGUGGCAGUCUGCUGUUCGCAACAGAGAUAUCCACACGGAUCGUUUUACUUUCACUGGAUUUUAGUCCUGAGUAUCUGAAGCAAUCUGGUCCUAAUUCAUAGUCCACUGAAAUUAAUAGAAAGGUUCUCACUGACUUCGGUGAGCUUUGGGUCAGGCUGUGUUGAUUAGGAGGUGGUUAGUAUUUGUGGACCUUGAAGAGAGUGAGGUUUAAGUGGCAUUGAGGAAAACAGAAGGGCCACCUUUCUGAGGUCAGAGACAGGCAAUAUUGUGGAAAUAGGCAAGAAAACGGGCUAGACCUCAAACAAGCAGCGUCAAUGUGAAGAAGCAGUAGGAAAAGAGUGAAAAGUGAAUAGAAAUGAUUGUUCGGUGCCUUGAAACAAGAAAGGAAAGACUGGGGAGCAGUUGGACGCAAGUGAGGCAAUUAUGUGUAUGACUGACAGGUAGAAAAGUAAUUGAUUAUACUCAUCUUUCAGGAUCAGUGACCUGUCUGAGUUAACAUUUCCAUUUCCAUCAGUAAGGAUAUUGACAAAUUAUAUUAUAUCCAUGGGAUCUGUUUACAUUCUUCAGUCUAGCGCUGUAGGGUAAAUAUUUAUAUCUAAGCAAUUCUUUGCCAUUGAAGUACUGUCUUGUAGUGUGACUGCAGGUUUAGGUUACUUGAAAAUCCUGCUUUUGUGCCAUGUUUCAAGUUUUCUGUUAACUAUUUGGGGAGCUACUUUAUUGAAACUGUUUUGCUUGGAUACUAUAUUCCUUGUCAUUUCCAAAUGCAGUCUUUUGAAUGGCUUUGAGGCUAACAUGUUAUUAAAAAAAAUUGUUUCAUGUUCUCUUGAAGCAUAGAGAGCCUUUGUGAAAUGUUUUACUGGCAUGACUGAAUUGUUUGCUGGUUAUUGGCUGGGUAUGUAGGUGCAGAAGUAUGAGAAUGAAUGGCAAAAUGGGUUUUAUCUCCAUCAGCUUUGUAUUUCUGUGUUACUUUGCUUUCAUUUUAUAGGACUUCUUCCCCUCUAAAAAUUAUCUGUAUGCAAUUCGAAAAAGACAAAAAUCUUCGUUUUAUAUAUAUAUAUAUAUAUAUUUAGGGCAAUAUUAUGCUACAUUGAUUUCAGAUUGAAAUCAGGUUGUAACAAGAUAUGGCCUUCAGGGUGUGACAAGAAAUGGCCUUCAGUCUGUGCAGAGUGUGCAUAAUGUUAAUUAUCCUGCCUGAUUUAAUUUUAGUAUCUUUCAUAUUCAGGUAAGUGAUGUGCAAAAAUCUGUCAGAGUUUAUAGACCUCUUUAUGCGAUGUGUUGAGCAGCUGUAACUCCAACCAAAGUUGGCUGAAGUUGAGAGAAUUCUGGAUCUCACGGGAGACAUGGAACAUCCUGUAGGAUCAGGUACCUCAACCCCCGCUUCCCCCCCUCCCAUCCCCCAAAGUUUCCAAAUCUGUCUUUUCAACUACAGAAGAAAUAGGGGACUGUGAUAUCUACUGUGACUUUUACUGUUAUUUUCUAUGAAAGUUUUCUACUAGAGUAAUGUAGAAGUGUUCUGUCCAUAAUUUUACUUAGCUGUGAUGGAAAAAAAAUAUGGUAUGUGUUGAUGCUUAUAUUUUGUAAAUGGUAUCUUUUCUGCUUUAUAUCCCAGGAGAAAGAUGAUGGUCUCAGCCAAAAGGAUUAAUCCAGAAAUAUGUAGGGAGGUAUGAUUGGGCUACUAAGCUGAGAGCAGUUUCACUGCAGAAUUACGUUUAAAAGGAUAAUAAUGUAUGACUAGAGUGUGAUCACAUGCUGCUGUUUGUUCAUGAAUGUCAGUGUUUCCAUGGCAAAUCUGGAAUUUAUUUACUUAAUUAUUAUGAAAUAUGAAACUUCUCUGCUCUCUGAGUUCAAAUAUGACAAGUAAAACAGCCCUACAUUCAUGGAUCCUCUGAAUGGUAGUUUGAUCUGUCAAUUCUUUAUUUUUAUUUUCCAGUUUCACUAUAAAGAAAAUUAAUACUGGGAUCAGAUAUUUUACUGAACUGCUUGUAAGUGAAAAGAAGAUGUUAGGUUGGAAAAAAGGCAGUGAGAAUUCUUCUGUUACUUGGAGUGCUAUUGGGUUUAUUCUCAGUUUAUAUACAUAUAAGCUAUUAGUCCUACAGUGGUUUGUUUUUGUUUUUUUUUUAAGAAAGUAAUUGUGACACUAUGUAUUCUCUCUUUUGCAAUAUGAUAUUAAUUUACAUAUAUAAUAUAUAUCCCUUGUGAAAUUAUUCUUUUUCCAUAUAUUGAAAUGUCACCAUGCCUUGGAAAAUAAUCAUUAUUUGAACCAUGUUUAUUUUUGAAAAAGAAAUUAGAAUUUGUCUGAUAGCAUUUAUACUUGAGCAGGUAGUAAUAUUCACUUUCACUUCUUAAUUUUUAAUAUUUUGCAACAUUAGCAAACCUACUCAGGUGGUUAUAUCCAGAGGAAUCAUCAGCAUAGGCCAUAUGGAUUGAGAUAGUUGAGAUUAUGGUUUUAUAAGAUCACACUUCUUUUUUUUUUUUUUUUCUUUUUGAAAGAAUAUUUUUAUUUGAGGAAUUCCGGGAGUUUCUGGUUCUGCAUAUGAUCCAAGCAUAAAACCACUUGCUUCUGCAAAUGUUUGUAAUAUCAGGUCCUUUACCAUAAGGGUAAAGGAAGGGUCUAUCCCUUUCCUCUGGCAUUUACUUGAGGUUAAAGUUGAGGAGUAGGUCUAGCCAACAUCCUGACCAUCAAGUGCACACAAUUCAAUGGAAAAAUUAUGUACAUGAUGUUUACCAGAAGAGCCUUAAUUGCAUAUUCUUGCUUGUACAUAUAGUAAUUAUCUAUGCAAUUCUGGCAUUUUCCUAGGUAAAGUGGGUUAAUGCUUUUCAAAUAUAUAUUUUUUUCCGCUUGUGUGACUGUGUGGGUACAAGUGUUGGACACUGACAGAAGAUGGGGAAUUAGCAUAUGGGCUUGUGUCUCUGAAGUGCCAAUCCCCUGCUGUUUUAGUAGGGAGUCAGACAGAAUUUGAAAUUAAUGUGAGUACAGCAAAAAAAAAAAAGGUGGGAGAGUUAGUUAAACUUCAGACUUUUCAAGAAAGAAGUUCAAGCUAAACUUGAAAGCUGUUCCUUCUUCUCCGCGGUUAGUGAGGGUGAGUAACUGUGUAUCCCUCAUGCACAAAACCAUUCCCAUUUUGGAGAUUUGUUAUACUGUCUAGACUAAAUAGUGAGCAAAAUAAGCAGUGUCAUCAGCCUUAAGUAACAAUUUUUCUAAGCCUAGAUGCUAUUUGGAUACACAGUGACAUUGGCAAUCUACUUUGAAAGUUGCAUGAAGUCAUGAACUAAACUUAGAAAUGAAGGACUUCAGUCAUCUUUCUACUUCCUAUGUAGGAGAGGUUAAAGCUUGUUACCAGUACCUACUUCACCAACACAAUCCUGUGGUGGGCUUUACAAUGAAGCAAUCAAGCCCUAGAAUUAGUUCUAACGUAACACUGAGAACCUAUAUCCAAUGGCAUGAGUAAAUACAGAGUGCCACAUCAUGACCCUCCUUCACAGCAGAGUACUAUACACCACAGAAGGAAUAUUCCUCAUAAGUUAUUCAGUGUGAGUAAACACAUCACAAUCUGGUCUCAAAACAGAUAAUCUCUUUCCAUACGUUCCCAUUGUUUCCAUGUGCCCUUUCAGUCAGUUGAAAGCAAUAUUAAAGACUGAGUCUGAAAAAUGUGAUAAUUGUUUGUAAAUAUUUAAACAGAAAUUUAUAUGCAUAUUGAUAUACAACUAAUAUAUAUAUAAUAUUGUAAAUAUGUAUACAUAUGCAUAAUGCAUACAUAAUAUGUAUAUAAUAUGCAUAUGCACACACAAUAAGUCUUGACUGUUUUGUUAGUAUUGGUAAUAAAUGGCAGUCAUUUCUGUAUGUAUAUUAACUGUGCAACAAAUGGAUACCCAAGAAUAUACUGGCAGGAUAUAAACACUAUUCAAUAUUUAUUCUUCAGGGUAUGCCAUGGUCUUCUGACAUCAAGAUAAGUUGAUUAAAUAUGUGGGUUUUGAUGUAUUGCUACUUACUGCAGGAAAAAAAUCAAGGAGCACUAUACUUUGCAAUAACAAGCUAUCCUUUUAGUAUGAACUAUGCUGCUACUAACUUGUGUGUUCAUAAAUAAAUAAAAAAUGCCCCAGUAACGUAUCUAUCCAUCCUCUCUUUGGCAUAUGUUAAUGAUAGCACCACAUUUUUUUUAUUAUUAUUAUUAGUAUUUUUUACUAAUUUAAACAUUUGUUAUUGCUAUUGUUGUUUUUCCAUUUGCUGUAAUGUUUUGAAAGCAAACCACUGAAUUAAGCUGUGUUCUGUUGUUUAGCCAUGCUCACCUAUUGUUGUACAGUUGUUUGAAAGUAAAGUGGCAGCUGGCUUUUCUUGAUUUUUCUCAGAUGUUUUAUUUGAAAAGCUAAAAGGCGAGACUUUGAAAAACAGUUGUAACUGAGUUGGCUCCUUCCCCACUGAGCACACUGCUGACCUUUCACCAAAUUAUUUGGGCCUUAGCUAGGCUAACCUGUCUACUUUAGAAAUCUUACAUUAUGGAUACAGGGUGAAAAUGAGAUCUGUCAAGAACAGUGAGUGCUUUGAAAAUAAUAAGUAAAUAAAAGCAUUGCUGCUGAAAAUAGGUCUAAUAGAACAUAGAUAAGUGACAUUUCCGGUAAUUACAAUAUCUGAUUAAGCAUUGGCACCAGUUACUUUUAAGAAGCUUAGGUUGUGUUUCAUGCUACAACUUCAUUUAACAGAGAUGGCUUGGAUGAGUGUUGUAUCUGUUAAUAUUUAUCAUCUAACUGUAUGAUAAAACUCUGUUUAUUUGCAUAUGACACAACCCUACUUUAUCUUUGCAUUCAAACUUUUUGCAUGAUAUGUGUGCCUAUUUUACAAGGUUUCUGGAUCAGUAUUUCUAGUCUGUCUGGCUUUAUAACAUUGAUUCUUCAGUUAGGUGUAAUCAAAGGUCAUUAAUAUUGAAAAGUUCACUUUAAUUGACCCAUCGACUUAUUUUAAUUAUGGCAGUAUAAAAGAGUGUCAAGUGCUAAACUCCUACAAAAAUAAUCAGUUAAUAUGUGGAUUCAAUAUUUCCUGUGUCUUUUUAGCUCUAGCUAAGGACUGUAAAAGAGUUCCCUCCAUCUUUAUCUCUCUUUCAAGGUGAAGAAAUACGACAAAAUAGAUGGGUAGAAAAAAAAGCUUCUUAAAAAAAAAAAAAAAAAAAAAAAAAAAAAAAAGCAGAAAUCUUGAACUGUUCUUUUAUAUUUACAAUUUGUGUACAGAUUAACUUGGAAAAGUGCAGGUAAAAUUCUCACUUACAGUAGGAGCACCAAUUAUAGAAAUGAUACCCUUUGAAUUUUGGCAUACUAAAAGCUUGCAUAUAUGUGCUAAAUAAUUUUCUUUUCCAUUUCAUGGCAUGCUAGUUACUUUUUUAAUCCAUAGGAACCCAAAGUUGAAUUCUCUGUGUGCUGAUAAUGUACUCUAGCAGAAGCAGAAAUGUUAAAUGUUUGCAUAAUGUGAAUGAUAUCAGAAAACCUCUCUUGAAUUUCAUUUUCCUAAAAUCAUUAAUAUCGUGCAUACCUUUGAGUCUGCAUGAGAUUAAUGACUUUCCUCAGAAUAAUUGUCCAAGAUAAUGCAAAUGAAAAUAAAGCUGAAACAUGACGUGUUAGAA